AUGAAUAAAUAUAGGCUAAUACAAAGUUUGUUUAUAUUUUUGGCACUAUUUUACGAUAGGAAUCUCGUAGAAUCCAAAAAUGAAAAUAAUAGUAUUAAUGCACAUUUAGAAAAUUAUGCCAAAAAAAAUAUAAAUAGACCUUUAAAAUUUGUAGAACUUUGUAUUAAAAAAAGAAAGGAAACAGAUGAAUUUCAUUAUCAUGAAGAUGAUGAAAGUAAAACUGGAGUAUAUAUCGCAAAAAGAGGAUUUCUUUUCAAUUCGGUGAGACUGAAUAGACCAUGGUAUAUGUGUAUAUUUAAACACUGUAAAAUAUGGGAGGCUGAAGAUGAUAGGACUUUGGCGAACAUGGUGGUCGUAAAUGGAAUUAAUAAAACAGAGAUUAUUGUAUAUGUGUAUUUAAACAACGGUGAUAAAAGAUUUUAUUAUCGUUUGGGUUUUUGUGAUUGUUUCAGAAAAGACAAACCUAUGGAACUAAGAAGUUUUUUAGAUGAGUCAAAAUAUCCAGAUAACGUUAAAUUAGUAUUCUCGGAUAUAUUUAAUUAUAAUAUGAAUGAAACUAGUAAAUAUAAGGUAUAUUCUAAUACUUUAUACAAUGUGUUUAAAGUUGAGCGUCCUAAUUUUGCAUCAUAUGAUUAUUUGUUAAAAAAUAACGUUAGGUGUGUAAAAAUAACAAUCAAUGAUAAGCUAGUUUGGAGACGAACUAGUAAGCAUUUUCCACUUUUUAUAUUCUAUUUUGAAAGCUUAUUGUUGGUUAUUAUUAAAUUCAAAGUGUAUCAUUACGAUAUUUAUAAACAAACUAGUGAUAAAUGGGAGUUAGUGUACUCAACAUUUAAUGAGUUAGAGAAUAGAGACAAACCUGAGAAAGGGAAAUUAUUGAUUGAAUUAAAUCGAACUAGAGAGGAUAAGAAGGAAACAGAAUUAAAAGAAGAUAACGCAAAACAAAAUCAAGUAUCAGAAGAUAUUAAAAAUAAUUUAGUCAAGUCUGGUGGAAACACCAAGUCUGAACUAGUAACUAAAAUGCAAAACAAAUUAGAAAAGGCUAAAAAAGAUAUUGACAUUGACAUAAAUAGUAAAAAAUCUAAUGAAUUUUACAGAUAUUCAUAUGACCCUUUCCAGGAAGUGGAUUCUUAUGAAUGUAAAAAUAAUUAUAAAAUUAAACUUGUGAGAAAGGGAACACACGAUCUUUGGCAAAAUGAAGAGGAUAUAGAUGCAGUGUGUGUGGAUAUAUAUCAUGACAAUAGAAAUAGAAGAAGCAGCAGCGAUGAAAGCGAUGAUAACGAUAUUUCUAUUCCUAAAAAAUUGGUAGUGAUAGUAUACUUCGAAGGCGGAUUUAAAUCUUUAACAGUUAAGAAUGACCCUGAAAAUAAAAAAAAUAAAAGUAAUAACACUGAGGAAGUACAUACAACUAAACGGGAUGACAAAAUAGGUAAAAGUAAAGAUAGUAAAUUUGAAGGCUUCGAUGUAGAUGUAGAAAUACCAUAUGUAGAUGAAGAGGUAGGAGAAGAGAAUUUAGAAAAAUAUAAUUUUUAUGACGUGAGUCAAAAAAUCUAA